CCGUCGGGUCCGCAGUAGCAGAGGAAUCGGCCCGUCCCGGUUCGGAGCAGAUAAAAGGGCCCUGCCGGUUCCGCCAUGGCCGCGGCGGAAAGGGCGGGCGGAUGGAGGGGGCGGGAGCGUCGUGUCCUGCCCAGGGCUGGGCCCGGCGGCUCCGCCAUGGUGAACCUGGGCUUGCGGCGCGUGGAGGAUGAUGUGGCCGCCAAGCACCCGGCGCUGCAGCAGUACGCGGCCUGCCAGUCUCACGCCUUCAUGAAGGGCAUCGGCAGCUUCCUGGCAGGCAGCGGGGCCGCCUUCGCAGCGCAGAAGCUGGUGCGGCAGACGCUGCCGUACAGUCUGCAGUGGAGCCUGCUGCUGGCUGUUGCUGCAGGUUCCCUCGGAAGCUACGUGGUAACCAGAGCUGAGACGCAGAAAUGUUCCAACUUCUGGAUUUACCUGGAGACAGGCAAGUCCCCACAGGAGCUCGCCGUGACUGGUGGGAUGUCUCAGCCCACAGGGCAGGGGAAAUCUUCCCGAAGGAUUGGAGUGCUGGGACCAGUCCCAUGCAGCUGCUGAGCACUGUGAUGUGUGUCCUGGUGUCUCUGAGCUGCCAGUGACUGCAGCAGCAAACAGCUGGAGCUUCCUGCUCCCACCUUUGGAGUUACUGCACUCCAGCCCUGGGGAAAUGAGCUUGGUGACUGUGGCUGGCUGGAGCUCCUCCACCUCCUGAUGGGCCUGGGUCUGGAGUUUCCAUCCCACCUUGGUCUAUUUGAGGUUGUCUCCGGACUGGUAGAGUGCACAGAGGCGUGAUGGUGUCUCAGCAUUGGCCAGCCUGACCUGUGGAUGUGGCUGUGGGGCUCUGCCUCCAUGGGACAGCCAGGCUGAACUGCCUGUUGCUAAUCACAAGCCACUGAGCCAUAGCAGUGGUUACAAAGGUUUAUUUCAGAUUAUUAAAAAAAACCCUGAAACAAAUAAAACCAAACCUUCUUCAUGUUU